AUGUCCGAACAGUCAGCGGCGGCCGCUGCCCGCCAAAAGCAGACGGCGCUGCCAGAGGACGGGGCGCUCGCGCAGCUGAAUGCGCGCAAGCAGAGGCCCCGAUCGGCUCGAGAUGCAGAGGAGUCGGCGGCGCGCAAGGAAGCGCGCAAGGAGAGGCCCCCAUCGGCUCCAGAUGCAGAGGAGUCGGCGCCGCCAGAGGACAGGGCGAAGCUGAAGGCGCGCAAGGAAGCGCGCAAGGAGAGGCCCCCAUCGGCUCGAGAUGCAGAGGAGUCGGCGCCGCCAGAGGACAGGGCGAAGCUGAAGGCGCGCAAGGAAGCGCGCAAGGAGGCGGCUCGAGAUGCAGAUGAAUCGGCGCUGCCAGAGGACCGGGCGCUCGCUGUGAAGCUGAAGGCGCGCAAGGAGGCGCGCAAGGAGGAGGUCCGAUCGGCUCGAGACGCAGAGGAGUCGGCGCUGCUAGAGGACGGGGCGAAGCUGAGGGCGCGCAAGGAAGCGCGCAAGGAGGCGGCUCGAGAUGCAGAUGAGUCUGCGAAGCUGAAGGCGCGCAAGGAGGCGCGCAAGGAGGAGGUCCGAUCGGCUCAAGAUGCAGAGGGGUCGGCGCUGCCAGAGGGCCGGGCGCUUGCGAAGCUGAAGGCGCGCAAGGAGGCGCGCGAGGAGAAGGUCGGAUCGGCUCGAGGCGUCGAUGCUGCAAAGGAGUCGGCGCCGCCAGAGGACCGGGUGCUCGAGAAGGGGGGGGCGAGCAAGGAGAGGCCUCGAUCGGAUCGAGAUGCAGAGGAGCUGGCGCUGCCAGAGGACCGGGUGCUCGAGAAGGGGGGAGUGCGCAAGGAGAGGCCCCGAGAUGGGGAGGAGCCCGCGCAGGAGGGGAAGCUGAAGAAGCAACGCGAUGAGGGCUUACCACAGGACCCUCGCACACGCAAGGCUCACCGUCGGGGUGACGCCAGCCAGCCCCCUGGGACCGCAACGCCACAGCAGAGUAAACGACUGCCGAAGGAGGACAGCUCUGCGAAGACGGCGAGGCCACAGGAGUGCACGGCGAGCUCCACGAAGGAAGCGAGGAGCGGUGAGGAGAUGAAGCCGACGGCCCUGAAGGAGCCCCCCGAGGACAGGGCAGCAGCCAUGGAGGCCCUGCAGGACGAGGCAGGGGCGGCCCUUGGCAACCAGCAGAAGGCCGCGGACAGUGCGAGCUCCGAUUCCGAGUCUGACGAGGAGUUCGAGGCGGAGAAGAUCAACACCACGGAGGUCGACUUCAAGAAUGGCGAUGGCCCCGAGGCGGAAGGUUGCGCAUCCCACAUCAGUUCGUCCGAUGAAGAAGACGCUGAAGUGCAUCACACUGGAGGCUCCGCGACUGGCAGGGGCGAGAAAAACACGAGUGGAAAGGAUGAUGGAGACGGCCAUGGCAAGGCUGAGGGCGAACGCAUGUCUGACAGCGGCUCCGAGAGCGAGGAGGGCGGCACCGUCGACGCCCACGGCAAGAAGGCGGGCGAGAACGACGGCAAGGAUACGAUCCUUGCGGCGAAGAACCUUGCGAAGGCCCCCAACGAGUGGAAGCGGUUCGACAGGCUCUACAGGAACCCCGCGAAAAUGAAAUCGCUCAGGAAUGGAGAGUCCAAGCUCGAGCUGUUCCAGAAGUUUUUGGAGUGUGACUUCGACGAAGCUAAGUUCUUGGUGAAGAUGAACAAGGUCGCCGAGAUGCGGAAGUCCCGCACGGACAGCCUGAAGCUGUACACAGUGAGGCAGAUGAAGGAGGACCUCCAUUAUGACGAGGCCACGAUCAAAAAGGUGGUGGAGGUCAACGAGAAGAAGGGAUGGUGGCGCCCAGACAAGAUCAACCCGGACAACAAGGACCUGAGGAAGUACUUGGCCGAUUCAGGUGGAUCGGUGGACGCGACGAGCUCCUUGACUGAGAGUUUUGGAGUCUCGGCCGAGAUGGCGAUCGACGCGGACAAGGCCACCGACUUGCUCCACGCUGGCGUGCUGCAGACCGAGUCGUGGAUGGGAGAGCAGGGGAUCGACGAUGCCAUGGACCUCAUCCCUCGCGGCACGAUCAACGCGGACACGACGGACAAGGAGAAGCAGAAGGCAGAGAGGGAGGCCGCGAAAUUGGCGAAGCUCGCCAAGAGGACGCCGCUUGAAGUCGGCCACGACCUGCUCGACGAGACGAUCAACUUCGCGGCCGAUCUGGACAAGCACAGGUUGCGGUGCGAGGGCAAGUCGCUGGCGAGGCCCACCUUGGACGCCCUCGUGGCCCUGGAGAAGGACGUGAAAAAUAUACUCGCCGAUCUCAAGCAGAAGGUGGUGUGA